AUGUCAACAACUUCCGGUUUUCAAUGGCUACUGCAUUUUUCUAUUCAGUAGAAGCUUUCAACAAUGAAACCAGUUUCAACUAGACUGUAGUCUGAAAAGUCACGUGUAAGCAAUUGACAGAACGACCUGCGCAAAAUAAAUUUUUUUGAAAAGCCAGCGAACAAUUAUUGUUUUCUUUAACAGACGACUGCACUGAACGUAAAAGUGAAUGCAUUGAAAAGAACGAGACAAAUUUUUUUCCACAAAAAAAACUCGAACAUAAUGAAUGUUCUUGUUUCUAUUUUAUUAACCUUUUCGCAGACCUCACCAUUGACAAAUUGAUCUUUUAACGCUGACCAUUUCUUUUAACACUAGUUCAGAAUAAUACGUCGAAGGGAGAAAAUGAAGCGAACCCAGCCCCUAAAUCGUUUUGAGCAUUUGAAGAGUCUCUUCUUCGACUCCGAAAAAAACUGAAGUUAAAAUUUUUCCGUACUCGUUCAGCACUGACUGGCGUCCUGCGCAAAGGUGUAUUCCAGGGACGAAGGACAGCUUUCGCUUACGACCACAUCACGUUGAAAACACGCCAUCCCGUCCGAUCUGGCAAGUUAAGCAACGUUGGGAGCCGGUAGUACUUGGAUCGGAGACGGCUUGGGAAUUCGGCUUGCCGUAAGCUUUUUUUGCUUUUCUUUUCCAUCCAAAAAUAUUAAAUUACAAGUUUUUUUAAGGAGUCUGAAGUUUCUGAGUUGCUUUAUAAUUUUGAAGAGUUGGCUUGAGAAGAAAUUCACUUUUAUUUUUUUGUGUAUUUCGAGAAGCCAUGUCUGUUUGCUCUUUUACACGAACUCUUUCUAUGAAACCAAAAAAUAAAAUUGAAAAUUGAGAAAUUCCGAAUUUUUCCGAAUUCGUUCAGCACUGACUGGCGUCCUGCGCAAAGGUGUAUUCCAGGGACGAAGGACAGCAUUCGCUUACGACCACAUCACGUUGAAAACACGCCAUCCCGUCCGAUCUGGCAAGUUAAGCAACGUUGAGAGCCGGUAGUACUUGGAUCGGAGACGGCUUGGGAAUUCGGCUUGCCGUAAGCUUUUUGCUUUUUCUUUUCCAUCCAAAAAAAUAUCAAAUUACAAGUUUUUUUAAGGAGUCUGAAGUUUCUGAGUUGCUUUUAUAAUUUUGAAGAGUUGGCUUUGAGAAGAAAUUCACUUUUUAUUUUUUUGUGUAUUUCUAGAAGCCAUGUCUGUUUGCUCUUUUACACGAACUCUUUCUAUGAAACCAAAAAAAUAAAAAUUGAAAAAUUGAGAAAUUCCGAAUUUUUUUCCGAAUUCGUUCAGCACUGACUGGCGUCCUGCGCGAGGGUGUAUUCCAGGGACGAAGGACAGCAUUCGCUUACGACCACAUCACGUUGAAAAACACGCCAUCCCGUCCGAUCUGGCAAGUUAAGCAACGUUGAGAGCCGGUAGUACUUGGAUCGGAGACGGCUUGGGAAUUCGGCUUGCCGUAAGCUUUUUGCUAUUUCUUUUUCCAUCCAAAAAAAUAUUAAAUUUUCAAGUUUUUUUAAGGAGUCUGAAGUUUCUGAGUUGCUUUAUAAUUUUUGAAGAGUUGGCUUGAGAAGAAAUUCACUUUUUAUUUUUUUUGUGUAUUUCUAGAAGCCAUGUCUGUUUGCUCUUUUACACGAACUCUUUCUAUGAAAACCAAAAAAAUAAAAAUUGAAAAAUUGAGAAAUUCCGAAUUUUUUUCCGAAUUCGUUCAGCACUGACUGGCGUCCUGCGCGAGGGUGUAUUCCAGGGACGAAGGACAGCAUUCGCUUACGACCACAUCACGUUGAAAAACACGCCAUCCCGUCCGAUCUGGCAAGUUAAGCAACGUUGAGAGCCGGUAGUACUUGGAUCGGAGACGGCUUGGGAAUUCGGCUUGCCGUAAGCUUUUUGCUAUUCUUUUUCCAUCCAAAAAAAUAUUAAUUUUCAAGUUUUUAAGGAGUCUGAAGUUUCUGAGUUGCUUUAUAAUUUUGAAGAGUUGGCUUGAGAAGAAAUUCACUUUUAUUUUUUUUGUGUAUUUCUAGAAGCCAUGUCUGUUUGCUCUUUUUACACGAACUCUUUCUAUGAAAACCAAAAAAAUUGAAAAUUGAGAAAUUCCGAAUUUUUCCGAAUUCGUUCAGCACUGACUGGCGUCCUGCGCGAGGGUGUAUUCCAGGGACGAAGGACAGCAUUCGCUUACGACCACAUCACGUUGAAAACACGCCAUCCCGUCCGAUCUGGCAAGUUAAGCAACGUUGAGAGCCGGUAGUACUUGGAUCGGAGACGGCUUGGGAAUUCGGCUUGCCGUAAGCUUUUUGCAAUUCUUUUCCAUCCAAAAAUGUUAAUUUUCAAGUUUUUAAGGAGUCUGGAGUUUCUCAGUUACUUUAUAAUUUUGAAGAGUUGGCUUGAGAAGAAAUUUAUCUUUUUAUUUUUUUGUUUCUGUAUUUCUGAAGACUCGCUUUUGUUUGAGCUUCUGCAACACUUUUUCAAAAAGCCAAUGGGCAAAAAAAAAAUUGAAAAUUGAGAAAUUCCGAAUUUUUCCGAAUUCGUUCAGCACUGACUGGCGUCCUGCGCGAGGGUGUAUUCCAGGGACGAAGGACAGCAUUCGCUUACGACCACAUCACGUUGAAAACACGCCAUCCCGUCCGAUCUGGCAAGUUAAGCAACGUUGAGAGCCGGUAGUACUUGGAUCGGAGACGGCUUGGGAAUUCGGCUUGCCGUAAGCUUUUUGCAAUUUCUUUUCCAUCCAAAAAAAUAUUAAUUUUCAAGUUUUUAAGGAGUCUGAAGUUUCUGAGUUGCUUUAUAAUUUUGAAGAGUUGGCUUGAGAAGAAAUUCACUUUUUAUUUUUUUUGUGUAUUUCUAGAAGCCAUGUCUGUUUGCUCUUUUACACGAACUCUUUCUAUGAAAACCAAAAAAAUUGAAAAAUUGAGAAAUUCCGAAUUUUUUUCCGAAUUCGUUCAGCACUGACUGGCGUCCUGCGCGAGGGUGUAUUCCAGGGACGAAGGACAGCAUUCGCUUACGACCACAUCACGUUGAAAACACGCCAUCCCGUCCGAUCUGGCAAGUUAAGCAACGUUGAGAGCCGGUAGUACUUGGAUCGGAGACGGCUUGGGAAUUCGGCUUGCCGUAAGCUUUUUGCAAUUCUUUUCCAUCCAAAAAAAUAUUAAUUUUCAAGUUUUUUUAAGGAGUCUGAAGUUUCUGAGUUGCUUUAUAAUUUUUGAAGAGUUGGCUUGAGAAGAAAUUCACUUUUAUUUUUUUUGUGUAUUUCUAGAAGCCAUGUCUGUUUGCUCUUUUACACGAACUCUUUCUAUGAAAACCAAAAAAAUUGAAAAUUGAGAAAUUCCGAAUUUUUUUCCGAAUUCGUUCAGCACUGACUGGCGUCCUGCGCGAGGGUGUAUUCCAGGGACGAAGGACAGCAUUCGCUUACGACCACAUCACGUUGAAAAACACGCCAUCCCGUCCGAUCUGGCAAGUUAAGCAACGUUGAGAGCCGGUAGUACUUGGAUCGGAGACGGCUUGAGAAUUCGGCUUGCCGUAAGCUUUUUUUGCAAUUUCUUUUCCAUCCAAAAAAAUAUUAAUUUUCAAGUUUUUUUAAGGAGUCUGAAGUUUCUGAGUUGCUUUAUAAUUUUGAAGAGUUGGCUUGAGAAGAAAUUCACUUUUAUUUUUUUGUGUAUUUCUAGAAGCCAUGUCUGUUUGCUCUUUUACACGAACUCUUUCUAUGAAACCAAAAAAAAAAAAUUGAAAAUUGAGAAAUUCCGAAUUUUUCCGAAUUCGUUCAGCACUGACUGGCGUCCUGCGCGAGGGUGUAUUCCAGGGACGAAGGACAGCAUUCGCUUACGACCACAUCACGUUGAAAACACGCCAUCCCGUCCGAUCUGGCAAGUUAAGCAACGUUGAGAGCCGGUAGUACUUGGAUCGGAGACGGCUUGGGAAUUCGGCUUGCCGUAAGCUUUUUGCUUUUCUUUUUCCAUCCAAAAAAAUAUCAAAUUUUACAAGUUUUUUUAAGGAGUCUGAAGUUUCUGAGUUGCUUUAUAAUUUUGAAGAGUUGGCUUGAGAAGAAAUUCACUUUUUAUUUUUGUGUAUUUCUAGAAGCCAUGUCUGUUUGCUCUUUUACACGAACUCUUUCUAUGAAAACCAAAAAAAUUGAAAAAUUGAGAAAUUCCGAAUUUUUUUCCGAAUUCGUUCAGCACUGACUGGCGUCCUGCGCGAAAGGGUGUAUUCCAGGGACGAAGGACAGCAUUCGCUUACGACCACAUCACGUUGAAAAACACGCCAUCCCGUCCGAUCUGGCAAGUUAAGCAACGUUGAGAGCCGGUAGUACUUGGAUCGGAGACGGCUUGGGAAUUCGGCUUGCCGUAAGCUUUUUUUGCAAUUUCUUUUUCCAUCCAAAAAAAUAUUAAUUUUCAAGUUUUUUUAAGGAGUCUGAAGUUUCUGAGUUGCUUUAUAAUUUUGAAGAGUUGGCUUGAGAAGAAAUUCACUUUUUAUUUUUUUUGUGUAUUUCUAGAAGCCAUGUCUGUUUGCUCUUUUACACGAACUCUUUCUAUGAAAACCAAAAAUUGAAAAAUUGAGAAAUUCCGAAUUUUUUUCCGAAUUCGUUCAGCACUGACUGGCGUCCUGCGCGAGGGUGUAUUCCAGGGACGAAGGACAGCAUUCGCUUACGACCACAUCACGUUGAAAAACACGCCAUCCCGUCCGAUCUGGCAAGUUAAGCAACGUUGAGAGCCGGUAGUACUUGGAUCGGAGACGGCUUGGGAAUUCGGCUUGCCGUAAGCUUUUUGCUUUUCUUUUCCAUCCAAAAAAAUAUCAAAUUUUCAAGUUUAUUUAAGGAGUCUGAAGUUUCUGAGUUGCUUUAUAAUUUUGAAGAGUUGGCUUGAGAAGAAAUUCACUUUUUAUUUUUUUUGUGUAUUUCUAGAAGCCAUGUCUGUUUGCUCUUUUACACGAACUCUUUCUAUGAAAACCAAAAAAAUUGAAAAAUUGAGAAAUUCCGAAUUUUUUUCCGAAUUCGUUCAGCACUGACUGGCGUCCUGCGCGAGGGUGUAUUCCAGGGACGAAGGACAGCAUUCGCUUACGACCACAUCACGUUGAAAAACACGCCAUCCCGUCCGAUCUGGCAAGUUAAGCAACGUUGAGAGCCGGUAGUACUUGGAUCGGAGACGGCUUGGGAAUUCGGCUUGCCGUAAGCUUUUUGCUUUUCUUUUCCAUCCAAAAAUAUUAAUUUUCAAGUUUUUAAGGAGUCUGAAGUUUCUGAGUUGCUUUAUAAUUUUGAAGAGUUGGCUUGAGAAGAAAUUCACUUUUAUUUUUUUGUGUAUUUCUAGAAGCCAUGUCUGUUUGCUCUUUUACACGAACUCUUUCUAUGAAACCAAAAAAUAAAAUUGAAAAAUUGAGAAAUUCCGAAUUUUUUUCCGAAUUCGUUCAGCACUGACUGGCGUCCUGCGCGAGGGUGUAUUCCAGGGACGAAGGACAGCAUUCGCUUACGACCACAUCACGUUGAAAAACACGCCAUCCCGUCCGAUCUGGCAAGUUAAGCAACGUUGAGAGCCGGUAGUACUUGGAUCGGAGACGGCUUGGGAAUUCGGCUUGCCGUAAGCUUUUUUUGCAAUUCUUUUUCCAUCCAAAAAAAUAUUAAUUUUCAAGUUUUUAAGGAGUCUGAAGUUUCUGAGUUGCUUUAUAAUUUUGAAGAGUUGGCUUGAGAAGAAAUUCACUUUUUAUUUUUUUUGUGUAUUUCUAGAAGCCAUGUCUGUUUGCUCUUUUACACGAACUCUUUCUAUAAAACCAAAAAAAUUGAAAAUUGAGAAAUUCCGAAUUUUUUUCCGAAUUCGUUCAGCACUGACUGGCGUCCUGCGCGAAAGGGUGUAUUCCAGGGACGAAGGACAGCAUUCGCUUACGACCACAUCACGUUGAAAAACACGCCAUCCCGUCCGAUCUGGCAAGUUAAGCAACGUUGAGAGCCGGUAGUACUUGGAUCGGAGACGGCUUGGGAAUUCGGCUUGCCGUAAGCUUUUUGCAAUUCUUUUUCCAUCCAAAAAAAUGUUAAUUUUCAAGUUUUUUUAAGGAGUCUGGAGUUUCUCAGUUACUUUAUAAUUUUUGAAGAGUUGGCUUGAGAAGAAAUUCACUUUUUAUUUUUUUUGUGUAUUUCUAGAAGCCAUGUCUGUUUGCUCUUUUACACGAACUCUUUCUAUAAAACCAAAAAAAUUGAAAAUUGAGAAAUUCCGAAUUUUUCCGAAUUCGUUCAGCACUGACUGGCGUCCUGCGCAAAGGUGUAUUCCAGGGACGAAGGACAGCAUUCGCUUACGACCACAUCACGUUGAAAACACGCCAUCCCGUCCGAUCUGGCAAGUUAAGCAACGUUGAGAGCCGGUAGUACUUGGAUCGGAGACGGCUUGGGAAUUCGGCUUGCCGUAAGCUUUUUGCUUUUCUUUUCCAUCCAAAAAAAUAUUAAUUUUCAAGUUUUUUUAAGGAGUCUGAAGUUUCUGAGUUGCUUUAUAAUUUUGAAGAGUUGGCUUGAGAAGAAAUUCACUUUUUAUUUUUUUGUGUAUUUCUAGAAGCCAUGUCUGUUUGCUCUUUUACACGAACUCUUUCUAUGAAAACCAAAAAUUGAAAAAUUGAGAAAUUCCGAAUUUUUUUCCGAAUUCGUUCAGCACUGACUGGCGUCCUGCGCGAGGGUGUACUCCAGGGACGAAGGACAGCAUUCGCUUACGACCACAUCACGUUGAAAACACGCCAUCCCGUCCGAUCUGGCAAGUUAAGCAACGUUGAGAGCCGGUAGUACUUGGAUCGGAGACGGCUUGGGAAUUCGGCUUGCCGUAAGCUUUUUGCUUUUCUUUUCCAUCCAAAAAUAUUAAUUUUCAAGUUUUUAAGGAGUCUGAAGUUUCUGAGUUGCUUUAUAAUUUUGAAGAGUUGGCUUGAGAAGAAAUUCACUUUUAUUUUUUUGUGUAUUUCUAGAAGCCAUGUCUGUUUGCUCUUUUACACGAACUCUUUCUAUGAAACCAAAAAAAAAAAAUUGAAAAUUGAGAAAUUCCGAAUUUUUCCGAAUUCGUUCAGCACUGACUGGCGUCCUGCGCAAAGGUGUAUUCCAGGGACGAAGGACAGCAUUCGCUUACGACCACAUCACGUUGAAAACACGCCAUCCCGUCCGAUCUGGCAAGUUAAGCAACGUUGAGAGCCGGUAGUACUUGGAUCGGAGACGGCUUGGGAAUUCGGCUUGCCGUAAGCUUUUUGCUUUUCUUUUCCAUCCAAAAAUAUCAAAUUACAAGUUAUUAAGGAGUCUGAAGUUUCUGAGUUGCUUUAUAAUUUUUGAAGAGUUGGCUUGAGAAGAAAUUCACUUUUAUUUUUUUGUGUAUUUCUAGAAGCCAUGUCUGUUUGCUCUUUUACACGAACUCUUUCUAUAAAACCAAAAAAUUGAAAAUUGAGAAAUUCCGAAUUUUUCCGAAUUCGUUCAGCACUGACUGGCGUCCUGCGCAAAGGUGUAUUCCAGGGACGAAGGACAGCAUUCGCUUACGACCACAUCACGUUGAAAAACACGCCAUCCCGUCCGAUCUGGCAAGUUAAGCAACGUUGAGAGCCGGUAGUACUUGGAUCGGAGACGGCUUGGGAAUUCGGCUUGCCGUAAGCUUUUUUUGCAAUUCUUUUUCCAUCCAAAAAAAUAUUAAUUUUCAAGUUUUUUUAAGGAGUCUGAAGUUUCUGAGUUGCUUUAUAAUUUUUGAAGAGUUGGCUUGAGAAGAAAUUCACUUUUUAUUUUUUUGUGUAUUUCUAGAAGCCAUGUCUGUUUGCUCUUUUACACGAACUCUUUCUAUGAAAACCAAAAAAAUUGAAAAAUUGAGAAAUUCCGAAUUUUUUUCCGAAUUCGUUCAGCACUGACUGGCGUCCUGCGCAAAGGGUGUAUUCCAGGGACGAAGGACAGCAUUCGCUUACGACCACAUCACGUUGAAAAACACGCCAUCCCGUCCGAUCUGGCAAGUUAAGCAACGUUGAGAGCCGGUAGUACUUGGAUCGGAGACGGCUUGGGAAUUCGGCUUGCCGUAAGCUUUUUGCUUUUCUUUUCCAUCCAAAAAUAUUAAAUUACAAGUUUUUAAGGAGUCUGAAGUUUCUGAGUUGCUUUAUAAUUUUGAAGAGUUGGCUUGAGAAGAAAUUCACUUUUAUUUUUUUGUGUAUUUCUAGAAGCCAUGUCUGUUUGCUCUUUUACACGAACUCUUUCUAUAAAACCAAAAAAUUGAAAAUUGAGAAAUUCCGAAUUUUUCCGAAUUCAUUCAGCACUGACUGGCGUCCUGCGCGAGGGUGUACUCCAGGGACGAAGGACAGCAUUCGCUUACGACCACAUCACGUUGAAAACACGCCAUCCCGUCCGAUCUGGCAAGUUAAGCAACGUUGAGAGCCGGUAGUACUUGGAUCGGAGACGGCUUGGGAAUUCGGCUUGCCGUAAGCUUUUUUUGCUUUUUCUUUUCCAUCCAAAAAAAUAUUAAUUUUCAAGUUUUUAAGGAGUCUGAAGUUUCUGAGUUGCUUUUAUAAUUUUGAAGAGUUGGCUUGAGAAGAAAUUCACUUUUUAUUUUUUUGUGUAUUUCUAGAAGCCAUGUCUGUUUGCUCUUUUUACACGAACUCUUUCUAUGAAACCAAAAAAUUGAAAAUUGAGAAAUUCCGAAUUUUUUUCCGAAUUCGUUCAGCACUGACUGGCGUCCUGCGCAAAGGGUGUAUUCCAGGGACGAAGGACAGCAUUCGCUUACGACCACAUCACGUUGAAAAACACGCCAUCCCGUCCGAUCUGGCAAGUUAAGCAACGUUGAGAGCCGGUAGUACUUGGAUCGGAGACGGCUUGGGAAUUCGGCUUGCCGUAAGCUUUUUUUGCUUUUUCUUUUUCCAUCCAAAAAAAUAUCAAAUUACAAGUUAUUGAGGAGUCUGAAGUUUCUGAGUUGCUUUAUAAUUUUGAAGAGUUGGCUUGAGAAGAAAUUCACUUUUAUUUUUUUUGUGUAUUUCUAGAAGCCAUGUCUGUUUGCUCUUUUACACGAACUCUUUCUAUAAAAACCAAAAAAAUUGAAAAUUGAGAAAUUCCGAAUUUUUUUCCGAAUUCAUUCAGCACUGACUGGCGUCCUGCGCGAGGGUGUACUCCAGGGACGAAGGACAGCAUUCGCUUACGACCACAUCACGUUGAAAAACACGCCAUCCCGUCCGAUCUGGCAAGUUAAGCAACGUUGAGAGCCGGUAGUACUUGGAUCGGAGACGGCUUGGGAAUUCGGCUUGCCGUAAGCUUUUUUUGCUUUUCUUUUCCAUCCAAAAAAAUAUUAAUUUUCAAGUUUUUAAGGAGUCUGAAGUUUCUGAGUUGCUUUAUAAUUUUGAAGAGUUGGCUUGAGAAGAAAUUCACUUUUUAUUUUUUUGUGUAUUUCUAGAAGCCAUGUCUGUUUGCUCUUUUACACGAACUCUUUCUAUGAAAACCAAAAAAAUUGAAAAAUUGAGAAAUUCCGAAUUUUUUUCCGAAUUCGUUCAGCACUGACUGGCGUCCUGCGCAAAGGUGUAUUCCAGGGACGAAGGACAGCAUUCGCUUACGACCACAUCACGUUGAAAACACGCCAUCCCGUCCGAUCUGGCAAGUUAAGCAACGUUGAGAGCCGGUAGUACUUGGAUCGGAGACGGCUUGGGAAUUCGGCUUGCCGUAAGCUUUUUGCUUUUCUUUUCCAUCCAAAAAUAUCAAAUUACAAGUUAUUAAGGAGUCUGAAGUUUCUGAGUUGCUUUAUAAUUUUGAAGAGUUGGCUUGAGAAGAAAUUCACUUUUAUUUUUUUGUGUAUUUCUAGAAGCCAUGUCUGUUUGCUCUUUUACACGAACUCUUUCUAUAAAACCAAAAAAUUGAAAAUUGAGAAAUUCCGAAUUUUUCCGAAUUCAUUCAGCACUGACUGGCGUCCUGCGCGAGGGUGUACUCCAGGGACGAAGGACAGCAUUCGCUUACGACCACAUCACGUUGAAAACACGCCAUCCCGUCCGAUCUGGCAAGUUAAGCAACGUUGAGAGCCGGUAGUACUUGGAUCGGAGACGGCUUGGGAAUUCGGCUUGCCGUAAGCUUUUUGCAAUUCUUUUUCCAUCCAAAAAAAUAUUAAUUUUCAAGUUUUUAAGGAGUCUGAAGUUUCUGAGUUGCUUUUAUAAUUUUUGAAGAGUUGGCUUGAGAAGAAAUUCACUUUUUAUUUUUUUUGUGUAUUUCUAGAAGCCAUGUCUGUUUGCUCUUUUACACGAACUCUUUCUAUGAAAACCAAAAAAAUUGAAAAUUGAGAAAUUCCGAAUUUUUUUCCGAAUUCGUUCAGCACUGACUGGCGUCCUGCGCGAGGGUGUAUUCCAGGGACGAAGGACAGCAUUCGCUUACGACCACAUCACGUUGAAAAACACGCCAUCCCGUCCGAUCUGGCAAGUUAAGCAACGUUGAGAGCCGGUAGUACUUGGAUCGGAGACGGCUUGGGAAUUCGGCUUGCCGUAAGCUUUUUUUGCAAUUCUUUUCCAUCCAAAAAAAUAUUAAUUUUCAAGUUUUUUUAAGGAGUCUGAAGUUUCUGAGUUGCUUUAUAAUUUUGAAGAGUUGGCUUGAGAAGAAAUUCACUUUUUAUUUUUUUUGUGUAUUUCUAGAAGCCAUGUCUGUUUUGCUCUUUUACACGAACUCUUUCUAUAAAACCAAAAAAUUGAAAAUUGAGAAAUUCCGAAUUUUUCCGAAUUCGUUCAGCACUGACUGGCGUCCUGCGCGAGGGUGUAUUCCAGGGACGAAGGACAGCAUUCGCUUACGACCACAUCACGUUGAAAACACGCCAUCCCGUCCGAUCUGGCAAGUUAAGCAACGUUGAGAGCCGGUAGUACUUGGAUCGGAGACGGCUUGGGAAUUCGGCUUGCCGUAAGCUUUUUGCAAUUCUUUUCCAUCCAAAAAUAUUAAUUUUCAAGUUUUUAAGGAGUCUGAAGUUUCUGAGUUGCUUUAUAAUUUUGAAGAGUUGGCUUGAGAAGAAAUUCACUUUUAUUUUUUUGUGUAUUUCUAGAAGCCAUGUCUGUUUGCUCUUUUACACGAACUCUUUCUAUGAAAACCAAAAAAAUUGAAAAUUGAGAAAUUCCGAAUUUUUUUCCGAAUUCGUUCAGCACUGACUGGCGUCCUGCGCGAGGGUGUAUUCCAGGGACGAAGGACAGCAUUCGCUUACGACCACAUCACGUUGAAAACACGCCAUCCCGUCCGAUCUGGCAAGUUAAGCAACGUUGAGAGCCGGUAGUACUUGGAUCGGAGACGGCUUGGGAAUUCGGCUUGCCGUAAGCUUUUUGCUUUUCUUUUCCAUCCAAAAAUAUCAAAUUACAAGUUUUUAAGGAGUCUGAAGUUUCUGAGUUGCUUUAUAAUUUUGAAGAGUUGGCUUGAGAAGAAAUUUAUCUUUUUAUUUUUUUGUUUCUGUAUUUCUGAAGACUCGCUUUUGUUUGAGCUUCUGCAACACUUUUUCAAAAAGCCAAUGGGCAAAAAAAAAAUUGAAAAUUGAGAAAUUCCGAAUUUUUCCGAAUUCGUUCAGCACUGACUGGCGUCCUGCGCGAGGGUGUAUUCCAGGGACGAAGGACAGCAUUCGCUUACGACCACAUCACGUUGAAAACACGCCAUCCCGUCCGAUCUGGCAAGUUAAGCAACGUUGAGAGCCGGUAGUACUUGGAUCGGAGACGGCUUGGGAAUUCGGCUUGCCGUAAGCUUUUUGCAAUUCUUUUCCAUCCAAAAAUGUUAAUUUUCAAGUUUUUAAGGAGUCUGGAGUUUCUCAGUUACUUUAUAAUUUUGAAGAGUUAGCUUGAGAAGAAAUUCACUUUUAUUUUUUUGUGUAUUUCUAGAAGCCAUGUCUGUUUGCUCUUUUACACGAACUCUUUCUAUAAAACCAAAAAAUUGAAAAUUGAGAAAUUCCGAAUUUUUCCGAAUUCGUUCAGCACUGACUGGCGUCCUGCGCGAGGGUGUAUUCCAGGGACGAAGGACAGCAUUCGCUUACGACCACAUCACGUUGAAAACACGCCAUCCCGUCCGAUCUGGCAAGUUAAGCAACGUUGAGAGCCGGUAGUACUUGGAUCGGAGACGGCUUGGGAAUUCGGCUUGCCGUAAGCUUUUUUUGCAAUUCUUUUCCAUCCAAAAAUGUUAAUUUUCAAGUUUUUAAGGAGUCUGGAGUUUCUCAGUUACUUUAUAAUUUUGAAGAGUUGGCUUGAGAAGAAAUUUAUCUUUUUAUUUUUUUGUUUCUGUAUUUCUGAAGACUCGCUUUUGUUUGAGCUUCUGCAACACUUUUUCAAAAAGCCAAUGGGCAAAAAAAAAAUUGAAAAUUGAGAAAUUCCGAAUUUUUCCGAAUUCGUUCAGCACUGACUGGCGUCCUGCGCGAGGGUGUAUUCCAGGGACGAAGGACAGCAUUCGCUUACGACCACAUCACGUUGAAAAACACGCCAUCCCGUCCGAUCUGGCAAGUUAAGCAACGUUGAGAGCCGGUAGUACUUGGAUCGGAGACGGCUUGGGAAUUCGGCUUGCCGUAAGCUUUUUGCAAUUCUUUUUCCAUCCAAAAAAAUAUUAAUUUUCAAGUUUUUUUAAGGAGUCUGAAGUUUCUGAGUUGCUUUAUAAUUUUGAAGAGUUGGCUUGAGAAGAAAUUCACUUUUAUUUUUUUUGUGUAUUUCUAGAAGCCAUGUCUGUUUGCUCUUUUACACGAACUCUUUCUAUGAAAACCAAAAAAAUUGAAAAAUUGAGAAAUUCCGAAUUUUUCCGAAUUCGUUCAGCACUGACUGGCGUCCUGCGCGAGGGUGUAUUCAGGGACGAAGGACAGCAUUCGCUUACGACCACAUCACGUUGAAAAACACGCCAUCCCGUCCGAUCUGGCAAGUUAAGCAACGUUGAGAGCCGGUAGUACUUGGAUCGGAGACGGCUUGGGAAUUCGGCUUGCCGUAAGCUUUUUGCAAUUCUUUUCCAUCCAAAAAAAUAUUAAUUUUCAAGUUUUUUUAAGGAGUCUGAAGUUUCUGAGUUGCUUUAUAAUUUUUGAAGAGUUGGCUUGAGAAGAAAUUUCAUCUUUUUAUUUUUUUGUUUCUGUAUUUCUGAAGACAUCGCUUUCUGUUUGAGCUUCUGCAACGAACUCUUUUCAUAAAAGCCAAUGGGAAAAAAAUUGAAAAUUGAGAAAUUCCGAAUUUUUUUCCGAAUUCGUUCAGCACUGACUGGCGUCCUGCGCGAGGGUGUAUUCCAGGGACGAAGGACAGCAUUCGCUUACGACCACAUCACGUUGAAAAACACGCCAUCCCGUCCGAUCUGGCAAGUUAAGCAACGUUGAGAGCCGGUAGUACUUGGAUCGGAGACGGCUUGGGAAUUCGGCUUGCCGUAAGCUUUUUGCAAUUCUUUUCCAUCCAAAAAUAUUAAUUUUCAAGUUUUUAAGGAGUCUGAAGUUUCUGAGUUGCUUUAUAAUUUUGAAGAGUUGGCUUGAGAAGAAAUUCACUUUUAUUUUUUUGUGUAUUUCGAGAAGCCAUGUCUGUUUGCUCUUUUACACGAACUCUUUCUAUGAAACCAAAAAAUAAAAUUGAAAAUUGAGAAAUUCCGAAUUUUUCCGAAUUCGUUCAGCACUGACUGGCGUCCUGCGCGAGGGUGUAUUCCAGGGACGAAGGACAGCAUUCGCUUACGACCACAUCACGUUGAAAACACGCCAUCCCGUCCGAUCUGGCAAGUUAAGCAACGUUGAGAGCCGGUAG